GUGGUUCUCAACUGCGGGUCGGCGGCAGUAGAAAAUUAGAUAGUAUUGCAGGUUGGGUUGGCGAGCUACAAUUUGGUUCUUCAAAGAAAUUAAAACACAAGAUAUAUAGCUAAGCUAAGCGAUCGAGCUACAAUCAAUUUGGUUAUCAAUGGCGUCCGAAUCCCAGAACCCGCACCUUCACUUUAUCUUAUUCCCUCUAAUGGCCCCAGGCCACAUGAUCCCAAUGGUGGACAUAGCCAAGCUCCUCGCCCGCCGCCCCGGACUCGCCGUCACCAUCCUCACCACCCCACUCAACGCCGCCCGCUUCAACGCCACUCUCUCACGCGCCACCGCCGCCGGCCUCAACAUCCGCCUCCUCCACCUCACCUUCCCCGCCUCCGCCGCCGGCCUGCCCGAAUCCUGCGAGAACAUCGACGCCCUCCCUUCCCUCCACCUCGCCCCCAACUUCUUCGCCGCCAUCAACAUGCUCCGCCAAGAAGCCGAGACGGCGGUGGAAAAAAUUCAGCCGCCCCCCACUUGCCUCAUCUCCGACAUGGGGCUGCCCUGGACGGCGGAGAUCGCCCUCCGCCUCAACAUCCCCCGUCUCGUUUUCCACGGAACCUGUUGCUUCUCCCUCUUAUGUAACCACAGAAUAAUGGGUUCAAAGAUUCUUGAAAAUUUAGGAUCUGAUUCCGACCGUUUCCUCGUCCCUGAUUUCCCCGUCAGGGUUGAAUUCAGUAAAUCGCAGGUUUCCGGCUCUGUAAAUAACAAAUCUCAUACUAGUUCCAGUACCGCCGUCCUGCAAGAAUUCCGGGAGAAAAUACUGGCCGCUGACAGAGCAACCUACGGCGUGGUCGUCAAUAGUUUCGAGAAACUGGAGCCGGAAUACGCGACGGAGUAUCGUAAGGAGAAACACGGUAAAGUAUGGUGCAUCGGCCCAGUUUCAUUAUCCAACCAGGAUCACCAAGAUCAGGCCGCCAGAGGCGACGAGACGGCCGUGACAAACCAAGACUGUCUAAAAUGGCUGGACGGCCACCGCCCCGGAUCGGUGGUGUACGUUAGCAUGGGAAGCCUAGCACGCCUCAACGCCGAUCAGAUGGCCGAGAUCGGCCUGGGAUUAGAAGCCACAAAAAGACCUUUCAUUUGGGUGUUAGGAAGAGGCGAAAAACUCAACGCCAUAGAAACCUGGAUGGCCAGCAACGCCUUUGAAGAGCGUAACAAAGAGAACGCCCUAGUGGUUCGAGGGUGGGCCCCGCAGGUGCUCAUCCUGGCCCACCCGGCAGUCGGGGGAUUCCUGACACACUGCGGGUGGAACUCGACUCUGGAAGGGAUAUCGGCCGGUCUGCCCAUGGCAACAUGGCCGCUCUUCGCGGAGCAAUUCUGCAACGAGAAGCUGGUGGUGGAGGUGCUCGGGAUUGGAGUGAGCCUCGGGGUGGAGGUGCCUGUGAAGUGGGGAGAUGAAGACAAGAUUGGGGUUUUGGUGAAGAAGGAAGGCAUCAAAGAAGCUUUGGAGAAAUUAAUGGAUGAAGGAGAUGAAGGGGAAGAGAGGAGAAGGAAGGCGAGAGAAGUAGGUGAAAUGGCUAAGAAAGCAAUGGAGGAAUGUGGUUCUUCUACCCGUAACUUGUCUGCCCUAAUCCAAGAAAUAUCAAGCAGCCAUUGCAAAAUUUCUCCUUGAGCAAAUAUCUUGUCAUCAUUACUAAUACACUAGUUCCUAUUAGAUGUUAUAGAUAGGAUGCGUAAUUACUAGUAACUUGAAUAAUAUUUUGGUGUGUUGUAGUGAUAUAUUAUUUCAAGUGCUAAGAAUUUUUAUUACAUGCUAAUAAGCUAGGAAUGUAAGUUAUGUUGCUUGAUCAUUUGGAAAUUGAUCGAGUCUUAAUAUUGAUUUCCUGGGAAGUUAAUCUAAAGUUGGUAGACUUUGGGCAAAA